CACCAUUUCCAUGCUAUUCAACGUUUUUGAAUUUUUUGGAAAGGGUCUGUAUGUAUUGAUUUUAUAAACUCAGAGAAUUAUGUUAAAAUCACAGCCCUUCAAUAUAGUGGACAUUCGAGAGGACUCUCUCAUGGAGGGACAAAAAUGGUUUGGUCCACAGUGACAGCGACCAGCUUCUUUAUACUAUUUAAUAUUAAAUAACUGCCGUCCAGGCCUUUGUCAAUGUGAUGCGGCCUCGACAUGCUACUGGUUUGUGUGCUACAUUCUGCUGAGGGAAAAGAUCUGUAUAAAGAGUUUUUAGAUUUAGGAAUAGUUGCAUUAUUAUUAGUAGUAUUAUCCCAUUUAUUCUGAAAUAACGAUUGGUAGAUGAAGCUAUUUUAAGGUUUCCUAUCCACCAAACUAUGCGACAGAAUAAAAUGUACAGUACGUAUCUUGAGCAGAAGGGGCAGUCUUGCACUAUUCAUGGGUUCAGCAUGCCAGAAAACAUUGGAAGUGGUACUGGAAUAAAUAUCAUAAGGUAAGGCUAGAUGUGUUUUGCGCACCAUAGCAAACAGGGACAGACGUCCUUACUUGUCGGCCAUCUUAAGAAAAGGACCAUUCGCGGUGUACAUGGCCGUAAAAUCGUGAACCAAACCCUGUGAAAAUCCGUCAUAAAUUCAGUAUGUUUAUAUCCAUUUAAUGAAGGAAAUCACCCAUCUAUAGGGUCUGCCACAGCCUUGAGUCAAAUGACAGCCCCGACUCUGUUUUACGACAUCUAACAUGAUAUGAUAUAUCAGGUUAGACCAACUUCUCCAGCGAUGGUUACGCUAUUGGGCAUCGUGGCGGUCAUCGUCGCCUUCUAUGUGCUUGUGUAUUAUGGUAUAUUCCGUGGGACUAGGUGCUCCAGUCCAGUGAAGCUGAUGGGGAAGACGGCCAUCGUGACAGGAAGCAACACCGGUAUUGGUAAGGCCACGGCUCUGGAAUUGGCCAAAAGAGGAGCCAGGGUCAUUCUCGCAUGCCGCAACAAGACGAAAGCUGAAGCUGCUGUCUUUGAAAUACGCAGAGAGAGUGGCAACAAUCAGGUUCUGUUCAUGCAGUUGGAUCUGGCAAGUUUUAAGUCUGUACGCAGUUUUGCUGGAACCAUCUUAAAAACCGAGCCCAGACUGGACAUUCUCAUCAACAAUGCAGGUAUGGGUGGCCCUGGAUACACGGAAGAUGGUUUUGGAAUGGCGUUUGGCGUCAAUCACUUGGGUCCCUUCUUGCUUACCAAUCUUCUCCUCAAGAAAAUGCAACAGUGUGGGCCGAGUCGCAUCGUAAAUGUGUCAGCUCUUCUCCACCGUCUUGGCGACAUUGAUUUUGCUGUCCUGGCCUCCAACAAAGAUUUGGUGACAGGCCAGGGGUUGUGGCACAACUUUAAGGCCUACUGCAACAGCAAGCUGUGUAAUGUGCUUUUUACCAGAGAACUUGCUAACAAGUUGGAGUGCUCAAGAGUGACCUGUUACAGCCUUCACCCAGGGAUUAUCUACACUGAAUUAUGCCGCAAUUUGAGCCCGUGGCAGCAAUUUCUGAUGAUGCCCUUUGCCAAGCUUUUCUUCCUCGACACUGAAGGAGGCUCUCAGACCACCCUUUACUGUGCCUUGCAAGAGGGCAUUGAGACUCUCAGUGGGCGCUUUUUUUCCAACUGUGCCCUGCAACAGAUGGGUUAUAAAGGGCAAGAUGAUGCCCUAGCAAAAAAAUUGUGGGAGGAUACUGGAAGAAUGUUGUCUGGUCAGACGAGACCAAAAUAGAAGUUUUCGGCGGAUCUACUACACAGUCCACAUCAUGUUUGGAGGAGAAAUGGCACCACACAUCACCCAAAACCCCUAUACCAACAGUGAAGUCUGGAUAGCGAAACAUCAUGGCAUGGGGUUGUUUCUCAUCUCAUGGUAUUGGCAAGCUUCAGAUUCUGUAAUUGCAGGAGCAAUGAAUGGAGCCAUGUAUUGGGAAAUUCUUGAUAUGAACAAGCAGCUUCGAUGAUUAAAACAGGACAGCAUCAGGACAACUAUCCAAAGCACAUGGUAAAGUUAACACUCAAAUGGUUUUAAAAAAAAAAGAAAAUUUGUUGGAAUGGCCCAGUCAAUCUCCUGACUUAAAUCCAAUUGAACACUUGUGAAAAGAACUAAAGAAAAUGGUUCACCAAAGGGCACCAAAAGCUUUAGGAGCAAUAUGUUCUGAGGAGUGGGCCAAAAUCACAUCUAUUAUAAACUUACCAGAGGCAUCUAGAAGCUUUCAUUGAAAACAAAGGCUUUUCCACCAAGUAUCAAAUGAGUCUCAGUUAGUGUGUUCAAUACAUUUUUCCCCGUUAUUACACUUAAUUCUAUAUACAGUGGUACCUCGACAUACGAUCGCUCCGACACACGAUCUUUUUGACAUCCGACGUAAAAUAUGACUCGCCAUUUGUUUCUACCUCCGACGACAUAUGACAAUUUAUGACAGCGCCGCAGUUUCUUUGUUUUCCCGCAAGACGGACACAUGGCGGAUCUUCUUGUGAGAAAAAUCAACAUGGGUUCCAAGAAUGUUAGUGCCGGUGGUGAAAAAAAGAAAAUGGUAAGGCUUCCCAUUGAAAUGAGAUGGAAAUGAUUGAAAAAUAUGAGCGUGGUAUGCGCGUCCGUGAACUUGCUCGAAAAUAUGGCCGUAAAAUGUCAGCGAUCUCGACGGUACUCCUCCGAACUCCGUUCACCAGUCUUUAUAAGUUAAGGUGACAAUUAUUAUUAUUGUAACAACAGCAAGCAAGUCACCAGCUUCGUCAGGUUUUUGAUAAUUUAUUUCAGAACUUGUGCAAUACAACAUGCCUACUGUCCGCCGCAGCUGAACAUGAAAAGUGAAGGUGAAAAGUCCUCACUCACUCUCACGUUAGCCACGUGGUGCGUUCAGUUACACCACGCAUAACACAUUAACACUCGAUUCGCUACAUUAUUACAGGAAUUAUUAUUGUUAUUAUAUUAUUAUUCCUAUUUUUAUUCAUAAUUUAUUUGUUUUGCUCUGUGUAAUUGCUAUUUGCUAUCGUACCAGCAGUAUUAAGGAUUUAAUGUAGGUUUUCGGGCUGUGGGACGAAUUAAUGGAAUUAUAAUGUAUUCUUAUGGGAAAAUCCUGCUCAACAUACGAACAUUUCGACUUACAAACAAGGUCCUGGAACGAAUUAACUUGAUAAGUAGAGGUACCGCUGUAAUCAUAAUUUAUGUACUCAUAUGUUAUGAUUUCAUGCCUGUAGUAUUUGAGAUCAUAUGUCUCGUAGAAAUUUCAUUUGAAAUGCCUCUCUUUGGAUUCAUGAGAAACCAGUUGACAUAGUCAAUACUUAUUUUUCUCAUUGUGUAUAAUAUUCAUAUAAUAGCUUGAAGCUAUGGUUAACCCUUAGAUGGUGGAUACUGUGGCUCUGUUCUGCCCUGGGUGGGAGGUAACUUGUUCCAAUAAAAGCCCUACCAACUCUUUCUGUUGGCCAUGAUUUGGACACUUUCUUCUUCAGAAGACACAUAAGUGAAUCGAUCCUGUUCAGUUGGUGGGCGACUGCCACUGCCACCUGGACAACAGUUAGGGUCCUCGUCAUCAGAAAUUUCAGACUCUUGAGUCCAAACCCUUUACUGCCUCUCCAGCAUUUGCAGGACCAUUUUAGCUGUGUAUCUAUAAGCCAUGACUUCUUGGAUAAGGAAACAAGAGCUUUCAAUAGAUCAAUAUGUAGCUAUAUAAAUAAAUGCACACACUUGUGGACAUGUGGCAAGGAGGUGCCACAGUGAUCUUAAAGACGAGCCGCACAUUCGCCAUAUUUACGUAACAUAAUACUACCUGCACGGUGUCUUUUGCUUUUAACCAAGAAUUGAGACUGUUUCACAUCCAUAUCUAUAAAUAAUUCAGGGAUUUCAGAAUUUAGUCACUAGAAUUUCAACAUAAAAAGCUCUUUGUUGUAGUAAGACGGCGCAAAAGUGAACUUAAAGACGAGCCGCACAUUCGCCAUAUUUACGUUAAAAAAAUACUACCUGCAAGGUGUCUUUUGCUUUUCACCAAGAAACACAAGGCAUAGUCCAAUAUUCAAUCAUAUGCAAUAUUCUAUUUGCAAUACUUACUCACCUGCAAUAUUCACAGCCUUAACUGUCAAACUGCUGCUACUGUACUUCGAUUAUUUGCACUGCCUGAACAUAGGGCUAUCUCAUACGCAUUUUAUAUUUGUUUAUUUAGAUUUUAUACUUGCAAGUCACUUUUGAAAUUUUAACUUAUCAUGCACUGCAAAGGGAAAUGCUCCACAAUUUCAUUGUACAACUGUAUAAUGGCAAUAAAGGGCUAUUCAAUUCUAUAAAAAGUUGUGAUUGUAUGUAG